AUGAGCUUUCAAGAUGUGCAGAAUAGCGGAGGAAGGGGAAAGAAGGCAGCAGCGUCUCCGUCGCAGGCGGUGGCUGCCGGAAUAUUCCAGAUCAACACUGCCGUUUCCACUUUCCGUCGACUGGUCGAUGCCAUCGGCACUGCCAAGGACACUCCGGACCACCGCCAAAAGCUACACAACACAAGGCAACGCAUACUUGAGCUUGUCAAAGAUACGUCUGCCAAGCUCAAAGCCCUCAGCGAAUCUGAUCACCACAUCAAUGUCAAUCCCAGUAAGCAGAUAGAAGAUGCCAAGCUUGCAAGGGAUUUCCAAACAACAUUGCAAGAAUUCCAGAAAGUUCAGCAGCUCGCCUCUGAGCGCGAGUCUUCUUACAUGCCUUCCUUGCCAUCGGCAGCAGCAACCUCUGCGGCCUCUGCCUCUGAGGAACAUUUGGAACCUACCAGCACCAGGGAUCAGCACCGCCAACCUUUCCUUCAGGAGCAAAAGAGGCAGGAAGUACUUUUGCUUGACAAUGAGAUUUCUUUCAAUGAGGCCAUAAUUGAGGAGAGGGAACACGGUAUUAGAGAGAUAGAAGAACAAAUCGGACAAGCUAACGAAAUUUUCAAGGACCUUGCAGUUCUCGUUCAUGAGCAGGGUGUAGUCAUUGAUGACAUUCACUCUAACAUUGACAACUCUUCUGCUGCAACGACCCAAGCCAGAGUUCAACUAGCUAAGGCCUCCAAAGGAGUUAAAUCCAGAUCAUCAUGGGGUGUUUAG